AUGUGGCGGCCAUGGGAAAGUGAUAUGCAUUUACCUGACGAAAAUGAACCUACGGAUAAUUUAGAAGAUGAAGAUGAAAGUGCGGGGUCAAGUACUCAGCAAAGGAAGAAUUUGUGUGUAGCUGAGCAAAAUAUGGUGUUAGAUGUAUUUGACGGACUUUCUAAAAAAAUGAACAGAUAUGAAGCUGUUAAGCAAACAGCGAUAUUAACCAAAAUUUCUUGUGCAACAGUGUACCGUUUAAUAAAGACAGGUUCGAAAAGUAGAAAAACAAGAAAGGAUUUGGGAAGCUCUAAAAAAAUUCAACCUCACCUCUUGGAACCUAUUAGUGAGACAAUAUAUAAUAUGUAUGCAGCUAAAAUUAUGCCUAACCUAAACAAUAUCAUGGCAAAAUUAAAAGAAAAACAUAUGGUUCAUGAUUGUUCCACAAAGACUCUGGGACGAUUUUUGACCAAAAAUGGUUUUAAAUAUAAAACUGUCAAUAAGAGACAAACCAUAAUGGAAAGUAGCCGCCUAAUAAAAUGGAGGAAUGAAUAUAUCGAAAAAAUUUUACAAUACCGCAGUGAGUGUCGAGAAAUUUAUUAUCUGGACGAGACUUGGUUUGAUUCCCACGAAACGAUAGAUAAAGCCUGGACAAACGGUUUAAGCAAAUGCCAAAUAGAUGUACCCCAUUCUAAAGGCAAGCGAAUUUGCAUAUUACAUUGCGGAGGACAACAUGGAUGGGUGAACGAUGCGUUAUUGUUGAGUUCCAAAAGUAUUAAAGACAGUUCUCUAGACUACCACCAAGACAUCGAAGGGACGCUUUUUGAAUCGUGGUUUGAGAAUACAUUACUCCCAAAUUUAAAAGCAAAUAGCGUGAUUGUUAUGGACAAUGCAUCAUAUCACUCCAGAUGCAUUAAAAAAAUUCCAACCAAACAGAGUAGAAAGGAUGAAAUUCAAGAAUUUUUAAUAGCCGAAGACCUAUAUUUUGAGGAUCAUUACACCAAAGAUCAACUAAUUCAGGUUCUUCAUACAAAAGUCGUAACUAAAGAACAUAUUGUAGAUAAAUUAGCCACUAACAAUGGACAUACGGUUUUAAGAUUACCUCCAUAUUACUGUGUGUUGAAUCCCAUAGAAUUGCUAUGGGCUCAGUUAAAAAACCAUAUCCGGAGGAACAACACAUCUCCAAAAGAUGCCCAAAGUGUUGUCGAACUAAUAAAAACGGAGUUCAAAAAUAUCAGUGCUCAAAACUGGCAAAAUGCUAUAGAACAUGUAAAGAAGAUUGAAAAGGAUUACAUGAAAAAUGUCCCAGCCUUGAAGAAAAUUAUUAUUAAUUUGGAUGAGAGUGAUGAAGAGAACGAUAAUGACGAUGAGUUGGAAUAA